GGCAAUCUGCUUGUCUUUUCAGUUCGCUCUGCAGGUUUCCCUCUCAGCAUUCAAACCAUGCACCGCCGUCGGCCUCUCUGUGGAUUCCUCCGGAUAUGUUGCCAAGUGUGAUCAUCGUCGCCUGCCUGCCUGUUUUGGUUCUUCGUUGUGCAGCUGAUCUUUGCAACUGGACUGGAAGCGGUUUUGCAGUAGGCGCGGACCCCAGGAUCGUUCUCCAGGUGCGGCUCCGCUGCACGGAGGGUUCCGUCAGGUGGGUCUACCCGGGUCAGGCUCUCAGGGUGGCACUCGAACCCAAUUUGUCGUCCAUCCGGUACAACACGGUCUGCAUCCAAGAGUUUCCAUCCCUCAGCGGAGCCAGCGUCUUUAUUGAGCGGGCCGGAGAGCUGGAGCUACUGGUGACAGAAGACGGCGGGCGCACCGGGCGGCAAGUGUUCUGUUUCCAGGCGGGUGAGCCACACAGGCCCGUCAUCUACCUCCAGGCCGGUCCGCAGAGUCCCGAAACAUGGAGCAGACGCAUAGUGGGCUUUAGAUACAAGCUGCUGCGCAACAGGAGCGCCAACAGUGGGUUGGAGACUUCAUGCCGACCCUGCAAUGACACAGAAUUGCUCAUGGCUGUCUGCAGCAGUGAUUUUGUGGUUCGAGGCUACAUCAAGAAUGUCUUCCAUGACUCUCGACGGCAGACAUCACUGGUGGAGGUGUGGACAACAAAGGUUUACUGGCAGCGCAGUGGAGUGUUUGAGCAACAAGUGCAUCCAUAUGUGUCGUCUCAGUCCCGACGUGGACGCAUUCGAACGCUCCUGCAGUGCCACGUGAAGCCUGGGGACGGACAGUUUCUCUUCACAGGGUCAGACCAUUUUGGGGAAGCUUGGUUAGGGUGCGCCCCACGCUACAAAGACUUCUUGUCCGUCUAUCACAAGGCCAGGAUGGGACGUAGGACUUUCUGCAACUUCCCCCUAGACUGAAGAGGUGUGUUGUUUUAAGAGCCAAAUAGACUCUGUAAUGGCACUGUGGGGACCCUGUAAAGCUGUCAUAUGCCAACAAGGUGGCAUCAAGGUCCACAGCAGGGGCAAAGCUGCUGAAAUGCUGCUGAAAAACGCAUGUGGUGGGGCAGAACAGCAGGGCCUCCUGAACUGAGGCUCAGAAAGGGUUGGCCUUUGUCUGUCUCCAAUCACUGCCUUUACUCCUGGGAGGCUGAGGAGGGGAUGGGUUGCUGCUCUCUUUUUAAACUCUCCUCACAUUAGCUGUUGUUCACUCUGUGGUCUCGGUGCAAUCAGAGCUUUAGAACCUGAGGUGGGAGGGAAGACGAAGAUUGACUAUUUGUCCUCACAGCUUGACUUAAUGACUUUAGGCUUGUACAUACAUAUGCCUGUAGGAGUCUGUAUUUUCUUGUUAUCAUCGCAAUUGAAAUAAAAGUUUUUUGUUUUUGUGUUUCCAGACUGGCAUUAAAGCUAGAAAUUAUUUAAAAUAAUACUGGUUGAUUUUUGAAAUUGUUAGAAAAAAAGUUAAAGCUUUGUCAUGAAGGAAAUAAUGCACGUAUUCGUUCGCAUUUUGUCACAUAACAACCCCAGGAAAUUUUCACAGGAUUUUUUGUGAUAGACCAACAUAAAGUAACUCUUGAUACAACAGGAGGUUUUGAUGUUCAUAUGUAUUCAUCUCAUUUGUCAACGUUGUAGAAAUACUUUUUCACUGCAUAUCUUUUGGGGCUAUGUUUCUAUCAGCUUUACACCUCUAGAGACUGACAUUUGUGCCUAUACUUCUAUCUCUCUGCAAACAGUAAUUUUCAAGCAAACAUAGGAUUUAGAUCUGGACUUUGACUGGGCCAUCCUAACACAUGAAAAUGUCUCAUGACUUUUGCAGCCUCUGUUUCCACUCAAUGUUGCCCUGUGUUUAACUUUAUCUAUAUUUCUAUCAUCUCUGUGUUUAAGAAAAACAUAUCCGGAGCAUGAUGCUGCCACCAUCACGCUUCACAGUGGUGACAGCAUGCUCAGGGGGAGGGGCAUUGUUAGUUUUAUUUCAUGUAUAGUGUUGUGCAUAUAGGCCAAAAAGUUAAAUUUUGGUUUCAUCUGAUCAUAGCACCCUCUUCCUCAUCUUUGUUGUGUCCCCUGUGGCUCAUGUCAGCACCUCCUCCAGAGUUACCAUGGGCCUAGGGUUACUCCUUAAUGAAUGCUCUCCUUAUCUGGCCUGCUGGUACCAUUUUGGUAGGUUUGCAGUUGGUGUGUAAUAUGUUUUUUUUUUCUUACAAAUAUUGGGAUAUUGUUUUAUACCCAAAAACUCUGUUUUCUACAGAUUUACUCCUGAUCUAUGCGUGGUGUUCCUUGCUCCUCCAUAUUGCUGUUUGUUCACUAAUGUUCUUUAAAAACCCUCUGGGGACUCCACAGAACAGCUGGAUUCACACUGAGAAGAAAUUAAACACAGGUAACUCUAUUUACUAGUUAGGUGAUUUCUUCCAUGGAUUUUAUUUAGGGGUAUCACAGUGAAGGGGUCUUAAGUUUGUAGUUGUAACAUGACAAAAUGUGAAAAAGAUUUCUAAGUGUGAAUAAUUUUUAAAACCCUGUAGAUUUACAUGUGUGUGCUCUUUUUCUUGGCUUUUAUUCUUCCCUGAGGCAAGAAAUAAAAAAACAAAAUUGUAAUGUGUUAAAUUUGUAGCUUUUUAUUGGCAUAUUUGA